UUUAAUGAUCUUCAGUUAAGCUUCGAACUUUUACCAGACAAGUCGUGUCUGCGGCUGCUACCAUUGCCAGUCAGUCAGUUGAAAAGUCAGACCCCAAACGCGGCUCAAACGUUAACGGAAUUUUAAAACCGAGAGCGUCGAAGAAAACAGAAACUGCAUCAUUUGCAUAAAGCAAAUAGAAAACGUAACGAAAAUAACUUGGACCAAAGUUGAUUUGGAUUAAGUGUUGUUGUUCCGUGUCGCAUAACUGACAUUUUUUCGCGCGCCCUCCUUUUUCUGGGACAUUUUCAGCGGUAUCGUGUUUGUUUCGAAAGAAAAUAGUGCAUCGAUAUCGGAUUAAUUGAGAAAACAAAAACAGUUGAUAGAGGCAGUAUUGUAUACGGAAUUCCAAAGUGAAUCAUGAGAGUCUCAUUGGCGUUGUGGGGCACUUUGUGCCUGUGGGUGGUCACUGCGAAUGCCCAAGGAUUUAUACAACCACCCAAUGUUGGACUUCACAAUGCGCCGCCCUUUCACAACUCGCAGCGCCGCCAACUGAAUCUGCAGCAGUACAAUCAGCAAAACUUUGUCCAGGCGGGCGUGGAGCUGCCCAUUCCCCACCGCGGCCAGCAGCACGUUCCCCACCAGCAGCACACGCAUCUGCAUCACCAGCAACAGCCGCAGCAGCAGCAGCAGCAGCAACACCGCUUCGGGCCGUUCCCACAGCAGCAGCAGCAGCAGCAGCAACAUCAGCCACAGCAGCAGCAACACAACAAUCAGCAAUUCCAGCGCUCGACCCAAAACCAACUUCAAACGGCUCCGCAAUUCCCGCAGCAGCCGCCACAGCAGUUGCCCUCUUCUUCGGCUGGCUUGGAUCUGCAUCAUCAAAACUUCUUGGACUUGCGUAACUUUGCGGGCUCCCAGCAGCAACAGCAACAGCAGCAGCAACAUCCCCAGCAACAGCGCCACAAGCAAUUCGAUUCGCGCUUGCAGUCCACGGCUUUCCCCCCUCAACCCUCGCCGGAAACCUACCAGCAACAGCAGUUGCAACAGCAGCAGCAGCAGCAAUUUGGCUUCCAGCAACCCCAGCAAUUCGGACCACAAGUUCUUCCACAGACCACACAAAAACUGCCCAGUCAGGCGCCAGUUCCAACUUUUCAGACAAUUCCCCAGCAGAACACGCAAUUUAACUACCAGCCACAAACCAGUCAGCAGCAAUAUCAGCUGACUCCCCACUUGGGACUGCCGGUGCCGCAGAUCUUCAGUAAUGUGCAAGCCACUCCGUUCCCGGAACCCACCAGGGGAACUUUCCACCAGCAACCUCACCAAUCUCAGCAGCAACCACCACAGUUCCAGCACCAAUUCGUCAAUGCUCCGGCCCCAAUUCAGCCUCAAGCUCAACCAGCUGACCAGGAGUACAAGCAAAAGCUGAUCCAGAAACACGAGCAAUUCGUGGCCAAGCAGUAUGAAAAGUCGCAGAACAAGGUGCGUCAGCAACACGAAGAGUUCUUGCUGAAGCAACACCAAAUCAAGCAGCACAUUCUGCCCACAAUUGUGACCCAGCAUAAUGGCAACUACCAGAAUUCACCCUAUGUUGCAGCUCCGGCACGUGGAAGACCAGUGGCUCAUCCCACGGAGUACAAUCAAUUCAACAGCGCACUGCAACAGUACUACAAAGAACACCCAACAACAACCACAACCACCACGACAACAACCACAACCACUGAGGCAACUACCACUCCCAAGAAAAACAUCUACGCUCAGGUGAAAUCGGAACUCGGAAAAUAUCCAAGUCAGAAGGGCAAGAAACCGGUGAAGACCAUUGCUCGAGAUGACUUGCUCAAGCAACUGAAGGCUGCCUUGUCUGAAGCUCCACAACAACCACUGACUGGCAACAAGACCUACGAUGAGAUGGAUUUGGUGCUGCCCAAUGGCCAGCGGGUUCAGGUGAUCCGCACCACAGAUCCCAACUUGGUUCAGGGACAAAAGGCUUACUCGCAGGAGCAACUGCAAACUUUGCUGGCCCAACAGGCUUUGGGUGGCGAGGCUAAGCUUAGUUUAAGUGACGUGGCGCCCAGCAAGAGCAAGGAUCUCGAGUUGCCAGGUGGUGGAAAAGUGCAGAUCCUGCGAUCCCCCGAUCCCCAGGAAUCGGACACUCUGCCUUCCGGUUCUCUACCCGGUGGAGUGGAUCUCUCCAGCUUGGCUGCUCUUUAUGGCGGUGGAGCAGGUGAUAUCCAGGGAAUCAGCAGUGGAGCAAACAGCAUUGCCAGCUCGGCAGUUAUCACCUCGGAUUCGGAUGACCCACCUUCCCUGGAAGAACUGGCCAAGCGAGGACUCAUUCCCGAUGGCUAUGAAAUUGAGGGACUGAGCUCAAAGUCCCAAGCACCGGCCACCGCACCACCACCAACAUUGCCGCCCAAGAAGAAGGCCACCUACGUUUACCUCGAAGAGCAGGCGGAUGGCAGCUUUAAGAUCCAGGGAGUGAAGGCCAACGGGGAGAAAGAGACCAAGCAAACAGGAUCCGAAGUGGAAAGCAUUCUGGAGAGGAUCAGGAGUGGUGAAAUCAAGCUGCCUCCCUCCGUCUCUCGACUGACCUUGCCCAACGAUGAGCUGGUUGAGAUCAAGAGCGGCAAGAUUAUCCAAACCACGCGUGCACCAACCACUACUUCCACUACUACAACCACCACCACAACGACUACUACUCCAACUCCAUUUAUUUCCCGUGGAACGCCCAGCAACCACAGGCAGUAUCAUCCAUCAAGAACUUCGACAACAACCACCACAACCAACUUGCCACCAACUUCGCGCCACAAUUUCAAUUUUGAGAGCAGCACCAACCACGCAAAUGCCGCUAGUUUGAUCCGCACCACUCAGGCUCCAGUUUACGGUGGAUCUACGGUCACAGUUUCUCCUUAUCUCGAAGGUGUAUCCACCCACCUGCCAGUGGUGACCGAGAGGCUCUCCGAAGUGGCGACCAACCCAGAGUUGCUGCCACCUGUGCCCCAAUAUGCCGAUGCCCUCGUUCAGGAAACUGAGAAUACAGAGAAGGCGGCUCAGGCCAGUCCAGCCACCAGUUCCGUGCUAUCCAAUCCCAGCGAGGAUCUGCUGCAGAUACUCAAGUCUAACGGUCUCUUUGCCAUGGCCAAGUACCUAAGGCAGUCCGGUCUGGACAGCAUCCUCAACGAAACCGGACCCUACACCAUCUUCGUGCCCACGGACAAGGCGUUCAAGAAUCUGCUGGUGCAGUUGGGCGGACCCGAAAGGGCCGAGGAGAAGUUCCAGUCCAAUCCCAGAUUGCUGAGCGGGCUGCUCCUCCACCAUGUUAUUCCAGGAGCCUUUGAAAUUGCCACCCUGCAGGACGAAAUGACAGGCGUGUCCUUGGCUGGAACUCAAUUGCGAGUAAAUCAGUACAACAUGCAUGAUCAAGAGUGGAACGAUGUGACUCUCACCACCAUCAACGGAGCCAUGGUUGUGCUAAACAAGAAGGACAUUAAGAUACCACAGGGAGUGGCCCACGCAGUGGAUCGAGUGAUGUUCCCACUACCAGUUGGAGAUAUUCUGCAGACUCUGCAAUCAGAUCGCGAAGGUCGCUUCAGCAAUUUCCUUAAGAUUCUGUACACCUCUGGAUUGUCUGAGAAACUGCAAAGCAAGGGUGUGAAAACCUACACGGUAUUUGCUCCCGUGGAUAAGAGCUUCAGCGAACUGGAUUCUGACACUCUGGAGAAGCUGUACAACGACAAGGAGGUCGCCGAGCAAUUUGCCAUGAAGCACAUUGUUCCCGGGGCUCUCUUCUCCGCCGGAAUGCGUUUCUACCAGGUCAAGGACUCGCUGUCUACAGGCAAGACUGUUAUCCUGCAGAAGACAUCCGCAGGCAAGAUCAAGGUGAACGAUGCCCAGAUGGUCACGUCGAAUAUUCCAGCCACCAAUGGAGUGAUCCAUGCCCUGGAUGGAGUCCUAGCGUGAAGAGAUUAGAGCUGCGAAGGCCCUUUGGCGGCCCUUCUUGAAGCAGUUUUUAAGCCUUAAGAGUAAAUUUAAGCGAGGAGGAGUUUCAUCAACCACAUCCAAAAUUGUUAGUGAAAUCUUGCCAAAGUCCUUUACUGGACUUAAGAAAUUACAAUCUUUCACAGAACUGGUGCGAAUCCAACGUGUGUAAGAGAUAUAUGCAACGAUUUGGUGCUUCCAUAAACUUUUCUGUCAUUUUUCUUUUUCGCCUUCAUAAAACAGUCAUUACAAAUAGUUCAAUUUAAGAAAGGAGCAGAGAAUGUGUAAAAAAUAAACCAAGAGAAGUGGAAACUGAUUGGGAUCUAUGUUAAGUUCACAUAUAAUUUAUUUUUGGCAUUAAAUUAAAUGCAAAUUAAUUUACAAAAUUCUGUAAAAUAAAUAAAGUAUAGUUAAGUAUAA